UUAUGAGUAUUUGAGUAGGAGUGCAGUUGUCAUGUUUGACAUGUUUUCCUUUUGCAGACAUUUUGUCUAUGUAUCGUUAAUUUUGAUGUUUGGAAUUGAGCAGUGCCAUGAGGCUCCUGUAUUUUCUUCGGUCUUCGAAUCAUGUGGGUAUUUAUGAUCAUUGCGGGUGUUUAAAUAUCAUGUGGGCAUUUCGUAUGUUGAUGGUAUUUAGUCUUGUCAACGACACUUGAUGGGACGAGGCAUUACAUUUGCUUUCUAAUAAAUCUUAAAUAUGUUUUUGAGAUAAAUUUUUCUGCUUUUAGGUGUUAGGAUACUAACAUCUCUGUGUGGCUUCAAAUUACAUUAGGAGCACCUGGCCAGGAAUAUUUACUUGUGUGUUAAUUAUAGAGGGUUGAGGCCAAUAAUCCCAUGCUAAGCGUGUGAUUUUGAGCAAUGUGGAUUGGUUUUUGUGAACAAAAUUGUCUGUUUAAUGAAGUCUGAUAUUUUAUUUAAAAAGGAAAAGUUAUAUGCAAUAUUCUAUUUUGUCUCAGUAGUUUUUAAAUGUUUAGCACAAACAAACAUGUGACCUGGUGAUAGAAUUGUAGGAGUGUAACUUAGAGAUCAAAGGUUCAAUUAUUAAAAACAACCUCUCCACAUAUUAUGUGGGAUAAGGACUGUGCAUCUUGCGGGAGACGUGUAUAAUGAUGUUGUUUACAGUUUUUAAAUGUUUAGUGAAUGGAUGGAUAUGAUGUUUAUUUGCGAGUUAUAAGAUUUGAAGAACUUUUCAGACAGGCUACCAUUACAUUAUUCACUUGAUCAAUCAGUGCACGAGUCUCUUUUCUUGCAUCCAGGGUCAUACGCUUUUUUAGCUGAUCCGCGUUUUACAUAGUGCUUUUAUUGUUUUCUCAGUGUAAGGUGACUAAGCAUGUGGUUUGAUGGCCAAAAAACAUACUGGUUUUUCAAGAAGAGGCUGGCUUCAUUCUAAGAAAGCUAAGAAGGAGAAUGCACCUAGUGAGCCCAAAUCUUCAAAAAGAUGGGAAAAAAAAGGAUAAAUCAAAGGAAUCCCAGCCCAGGACCAGCCGGUGAACAAAGAUACAGGAAAUGGGACAGAUGACACUGCUGGGACUGAGAAGUCAGAUGAUGCAUCUACUCCUAAUGUGAAAGACUGACUGAAGAAAUUGGUUUCUUCAAAGAAGAAGACAUCUAGUAAAGAGAUGGAUGCCUGCUGCCCGAGCUGCCGCUAGUGAAGCUGCUGCAAGGAGUGCAAGGCUAGCUGCUCCUAAGAAAAGGGACAAUAAUCGCUACAAUCAACAGCCAGUCCGCACUUGGCAUGGCAUCCCUCAACACUUUCUGAUGGCUUCAUGGGUUCAGGAGCUGCAGUUUCCCAACCUACACAUUCCCAUAACCAUAGACAAUAUGGCUUCAGUGAUGCCUGCAGGGCCUAUUCCUGCAUCCCCAGGUGAUUCUCUCUACCUCUCAAACCUCGAUGAUAUGAUUGGCGCUCGGGUUUUCACCCCAACAAUAUAUUUUUAUGGUUCUAAUGAUCUGAAUUCAACCCAAACUGUCAUGAAAACUUUAUCGGAUGCUCUGGCCAGUAUUUUAGUUCCUUACUAUCCUCUAUCAGGCAGACUUCGAGAGACUGAGAACGGGAAGCUUGAAGUGUUUUUCGGACCUGAACAAGGAGCACUCAUGGUUGAGGCACACUCAGAAAUGGCCUUAUCAGAACUAGGAGACCUUGUAAUACCUAAUCCAGCUUGGGGACCUUUGAUAUACAGGUUCCCUAAUGAGGGGCCUUACAAAGUUCUUGACAUGCCAUUACUGAUUGCUCAGAUAACCUUCUUCAGCUGUGGUGGGUUUAGCCUUGGCUUGAGACUCUGCCAUUGCAUUUGUGAUGGACUUGGUGCCAUGCAACUUCUUGGUGCUUGGGCUGCCACUGCCAAAUCAGGGAGAUUAGUAACAAUACCUGAACCAUGCUGGAACAGGGAGUUUUUCCGGCCCCGUGACCCGCCCGAAGUAAGAUUUCCACAUAUUGAGUUUAUGAAGGUUGAAGAUGGUUCAAGCCUGACAAGGACUGUUUGGCAGUCCAAGCUUGUACAGAAGUGUUAUCGGAUUAGUCGAGGGUUUCAAGCUCAUCUGAAAACUCUUGCUCAAGCGAAAACCAAGUUCACAUGUACCACUUUUGAUGCCAUGGCAGCUCAUGUUUGGAGGUCUUGGGUGAAGGCAAUGGACAUAGAACCACCAAACUGUGAACUCAGGCUUACAUUCUCCAUCAAUGCUCGCCAAAAGCUAAGAAAUCCACCUUUGAAAAAUGGGUUCUAUGGAAAUGCUAUUUGUGUUGCUUGUGCAAGGAGUUCUGUCUCUGAGCUAGUUCAUGGGAGGCUCACCGACACAGCCCGGCUGGUUCAUGAAGCAAGAGUAGGUGUGACAGAGGAGUACUUGAGAUCAACAAUUGACUACAUACAAGUUGAAAGGCCAAAAAGGCUUGAAUUUGGGGGGAAAUUGACAAUAACACAAUGGACUAGAUUUUCAAUGUAUGAGUCUGCUGAUUUUGGAUGGGGAAGGCCAAUUUAUGCUGGUCCAGUAGACCUAACCCCAACACCACAAGUCUGUGUGUUUCUGCCACAAGGGGAGGAUGAUUACAGUGGGACAGUGAUGGUUUGCAUUUGUUUGCCUGAGUUUGCUACUCAUAAAUUCUCUGAGAUUUUGUGCCUGAAAGAUUCAGGUGAUGGUGAAAGGGUGGAUAGAGAAAUACCUGAAUAAGCUGCUAAGUUUUAGCUACUGAAGUUGCUAAAUUUACUAAGUUGGAUUCAUUUGUGGGUACUAUUAAGUAAAAAAUUAAAUAAAUUCAUUUGGGACUCUUUUGA